CAUCGAGACAGUGCUAGAGUGAAAGCAGUGCGAUUUAUCCGAAGUUAUCUGGUAACACGAAGGUAAAAUGCAGAGUCCGGCCCCCGGGGGUGUGGGGGCAGGUGCCCUGGAGGCAAUGCAUGCCUCGCACGAGGAAGAUAAAUCCGUAUUCAAGAAACCUCUGGUCCCAAAGGGCCGAGUGAAGAAAAGAACGCUGAACCAAGUUGUCUUGGACGAAGAUUCUUACACUCAGGAGCUGGCUAAUAUCAUUGAAAGAGACUAUUUUCCCGAUCUGGCAGAGAUUCGAGAGAAAACGCAGCCGCAGAUUCCUCAAAAGUUAGUCGCUGACGAGAGCCCCGCCACUUUUGAGACUCCUGAGAGAACCAAUGAGCAGCCUAAGGACAAGUUUUGGGACAAAGUGGACCAGAAAGGUGUCACGAAGCUCAGUCUUGACCAAUUCCUCAACAAGCACACUUCAGAAGACAAUGAGAGCUUCCACGACAUAUUAUCCAAAGCCGAGGAACGGCGGAAACAAAAGUAUUCGUGGCUCUACGGUGCAGAGGAUUUGCAUGCGAUCGAAAGGAAAAAACAGUUGGCUCUUCCAUCCAUAGAAGAACAAGCCAAGGGCUUGGAGAAACCAUUGAAUGUGGACGGAUGGGACUACAAAAGCCAAAAUUACAUUAUGUACAUUCCUGAUGGUGCUCCGCUGAGUGAACAAGAGGUUAUUGAAAUGGCUGCUAAUAGACACGAAGUGGUGCCUGAAAAUACGAGACUCAAAUCCAACCCGUUCAAUGACGCCGCCAACAGAGCGAAAAUCGUGGCAGCCGCCCAUCUCCAGUCCAAAAUCAACGAGGGCCGGAUUGGCGUGGAUGGGCAAGUCGUGGCCUCAGCCAGUCCGCAGAUCAAAGGUUUCUCCUUGGUUCGGACGCCGUCGCCUGCUCCUGGCCGAGGCGGAGAGACCCCUGUCAUGACCUGGGGAGAAAUCGAAGGAACGCCUUGUCGCCUGGACACGCCGUCAUUUCGCAUGGCUGAGACUCCGCGUCGAGAGCAAAUUGCCAUGGAACUGGCAGACAAGGCUGGACAGCGACACCGUGAUUUAAAAUUGAAAGCCAUUCAGGCAGCUCGGCGCAACAUUGCGUUAACGCCAGGUAGCAAGACCCCUUUGCUGUCUCCUGCAGCGCAGAAGCUAGCUUCGGCUCGAAAAGUCGGUGACCGAGCCUUGAGAGCGUCCUACACGCCACACAGAACUCCAGGCACACCUGUUCCAACAACUCCAACUCCAAAAACGCCACUUGGUUUGACUCUCAAAAGAACUUUGCCAAAAGCACCUGUGACACCAUUACAAGGGAAAUUAUCAGAUGACCUCCUCAACUUGCCCAAGCGAACUCGUGCAGAGUCGUUUUUCAAAUAAUGAGACUGUAAAAAUUGUUAAUAAAAUUUAUGAUGUGAUGCUAAAUUACCAUGUGUAUAGCUUUUUUGUAAUUAUGCGCAUCUUGAUGGCUGUACCAUGUAAUUCUUACGAUUAGUUUAAUACUACUGUAUUAAUGAGAGUUGAUAGUAACUGAACAAAAAAAAAAUCAAAGACACGAUGUUGUGCAUCAGAAUAAGAAUAAAAACUUUUUAAACGUG